CCUAUGACAUAUCAAUGCUGCCCAGGACAGACAGCUACUCGCAGAUUUCCAACAACUUAUGGACAGGUCCCACUACAGGCAGCUCUGUAGUCUCGUCCUGCAUGAUCCCGCGUGGUUCCCCUCCCUGCGUGACGUCUCCCUACCCCCACUCGCCGAGAGCCAGUGAGCACGGUUACGUGGGCUUCCCCAAUCACCAGCAAAAUCAGUUUGGAGUGUCUCUCAAUAACUUCUUCGCCGAUUCACUUCUGGCUCCUUCACCGAACAGUCACGCCGCGUUUGAGACCAAACCUGAGUUUGAACGGCGGUCCUCCAGCAUUGCUGUGCUGCGGAUGAAGGCGAAGGAACAUGCAGCUAACAUAUCUUGGGCCGUGUGAACUCUGAACUUGUUAGUGCUGAUCUGAACAGUUUUUUUGCCAAAUAACAA